AAUCAGAGCGAUAUCACAUCACUGCGAAGCCUGUGCUACCUGUAAAGCGCGCUCUUCUAGGCUCUCGGGUCGGAUGAUAUUCAGCCUUCUGCAUUUGGUUCGGCAGCAUUCAGCAGUUUGGUAACUCGUCGAGAGCGGUGGUAUUGUUUGGAUUGUUGGAUUUAGUGUGGCGAAUAGAAGAAUUUUGAUCGACGAAGGAACCAGUUUAUCGGCAGUCACUUAGGUGAAAAUGUCGCAAAGAGGAGGAAAAGGAAGAGGAAAUCGUGGACGGGCGAUACAGAAACAGCAGACUUCUGUGUCUCAGGAUCCUCAACUUCCCCAUGCUCAAGCAUCGACGAGCAGUGGGGCCGUCCGCAGACCGGGACAAACUACUGUACAAUCGAGCACUGGGCGCGGUAUAACGCAACGCAUUGGUGAGAGAGGCGACAGUGCAGCAAUUGGACAGAUCGGCAGAGGCAUGGAGAAACUUGGAAUUCAACCCACCGCUGGUGGAGAUGCUAGUACCAGUGCAGGUGCAGCACCAUCCACAGUCGCUGGUGCAGGUGCUGUAGUUGUUGUGUCAUCUACAAGAGGCGCAGCUCGCGGCAAGAGGAUCUUGCCUGCUGAUCUUUUUAUUUCAAAACCGAGUCAUGUGGAAAACAAGAAAGGUGUAUCUGGCGAUCCUAAAACGCUAAAAGUGAAUUAUUUCAAGCUAUUGAAGGCGACCGAUUGGGCUCUCUACCAAUAUCACGUUGAUUUUUCACCUGAAGAAGAUCGCACAGUUGUGCGUAAAGGUUUGCUAAAAUUACAUCAGAGGAGUAUUGGCGCUUACAUCUUUGAUGGUACUGUGAUGUAUACAAGCCACCGAUUAUCUGACCGAAUGGUGUUUACUUCAACCCGACAAUCGGAUGAGCAACAUAUCACAAUUACUGUUCGUCUCGUGGGCGAUAUGGUAGCAGGAGAUGCCCAUUAUAUUCAAUUUUUCAACAUAAUUAUGAGGAAAUGUUAUGACCACUUAAGACUAAAAUUGGUUGGACGCAAUUAUUUUGAUCCUGGGAAUAAAAUUGUGCUACCAGAGUGGAAAUUGGAAUUGUGGCCAGGAUACUUGUCAUCCAUUCGUCAACAUGAAAAGGAUAUCUUGAUGUGUGUCGAAAUAACAAAUAAAGUUAUGCGACUAGAAACUUUACUAGAUAUUCUGAAUAAUUGUUACCAGCAAUAUCAGGAGAAUUACCAGAGAGCUUUCUCUAACCAGGUGAUUGGCACGGUAGUCCUUACUGAUUACAACAAUAAUACGUACCGUAUUGAAGACGUAGAUUACUCAACGACUCCUAAUGACACAUUUACCUUGAAAAACGGUGAGAGAAUAACGUAUACAAACUACUACAAAAAAAGAUACGACAUCAGGAUUUCGAAUCCAAGGCAGCCAAUGUUGGUGACGAGAUCCAAAACAAGGGAUAGACAAGCUGGAGAGGGAGAGCGCGUUUUUUUGGUGCCCGAAUUAUGUCGUACAACAGGUCUGACUGAUGCCAUGAGAGAAAACUUUAAACUCAUGUCGAGUCUAGCUGCUGAGACGCGUCUUAAUCCCACAAGACGCAUUGAAAAAUUGAUGAGUUUCAAUAAUAGACUUCAAAACCAACCUGCUAUUGUGCAGGAAUUAGCCGAGUGGAACUUGCAGUUGGAUAAUAAGCUGCUCGAAAUCCCCGCGCGGGAAUUAAAAAGAGAGAAACUCUUUUUUGGUUAUAACAUAACUGUUAAUGCAACGAAUGGUGAUUGGACAAGAGAAAUGCAGACAAUGAAAUGCAUAAUUUCUCCAUCACUGAAUGAUUGGGUCUUCAUGAUUUCGGAGAGAGAUAAGGGUCUAACGGAGGUCUUUUUGCGUACCUUAAUCAAAGUAGCAGAUGGAAUGUCAUUCCGCAUCGCGUUACCGACGAAAAUAUUUAUUCGUGACGAUAAACCGAGCACAUAUAACUCUGAACUCGAAAAAGUUCUGUCCAAACAAGUACCGCAGUUAGUAUUCUGCGUGGUGUCGAACAAUCGCAGCGAUCGUUACUCGGCGAUUAAGAAGAAAUGCUGUUUAGACCGUCCUGUACCAUCGCAGGUCUGCCUGUCCAAAACAAUGACACAUAGGAAUGUUGUGUCUAUUGCUACGAAAAUAGCGAUUCAAAUGAAUUGUAAAUUAGGUGGGGCACCAUGGUACGUGGAGAUUCCAUUGGACGGGCUAAUGAUGAUCGGAUUUGACGUUUGUCAUGACACAACAAUGAAGAACAAAGAUUUCGGCGCUACAGUGGCCACUUUAAAUAAACCUAUGACAAAGUACUUUAGCGCGGUAAACGCGCAUGAGAAUGGCGAGGAGCUGUCGAAUGAUCUCUCCGACAAUAUCUGUAGGGCUGUGCAAGCAUAUUAUUCGCUUAACAAGUCUCUGCCGAUACGCUUUGUGAUUUACCGCGACGGCGUUGGCGAAGGCCAAGUAUCGCAGGUAUUGGAGCGAGAGGUCGCGCAAAUAAAAAGGAAGCUCGACCAGAUGUAUGGUGCUCCGGAUAGGUACACCAUGGCUUUUAUAAUCGUAACGAAGCGUUUGAAUACACGAUUCUUUCAUAAUGAUGACAACCCACCCCCAGGCACGGUGGUUGAUGAUAUCAUCACAAGCCCAGUUAAAUACGAUUUCUUUAUUGUGUCGCAAAAAGUGCGACAAGGCACGGUAACGCCCACCGCGUAUAGUGUCAUCUUCGACAACCUCCGCCUAGAUCCCGAUAAAAUACAACGUCUAACGUACAAAUUAACCCAUAUGUAUUAUAAUUGUUCAAACACUGUUAGAGUACCGGCACCCUGUCAUUAUGCUCACAAACUUGCGUUCCUAGUGAGUAAGUUCAUUCAUCGGGCGCCGGAUACGCAACUACAAAAUACAUUGUACUUCUUGUAAUCUUUUAUUUUGUAACAUUAGUGUCAUAUCAUUUCACUUUUGUAUGUCUUUUUUUGUUUUUAUCAGUUUACAACUCAAGCGAAUUACUUCGAUAAGAAAUGAAUUUUAUUUUUGUGAUAUUAAGAUCGUAGAGGGUUUGGGGUUACGACUAAACGUUACAGUACUUUUAUUGUUUUUAUAAUAACGCUGUUAUAAAGUAAUGCUCUAAAAAAAAAUCUUUUUUUUUUUUAUGACAAUAUUAACAUUAAUAUGAAAUGUUAUUUAGAAAAAAAUGAUGAACUUUAAAUUGGGGAUAUAAUUAGCAUUUAUAUCAGUGGUUAUUUUAGCGUCCUAACUUUUCAGAUAAUUUUUAAAACUCUCGCUACGACUCUUGAAUCUAUAUUGAAUUAUUAUAGAAAAAAAAAUGCAUUUAUUUCUCAUAUAAUAUAUUGUGAGUGUAUAUUCAAUAUGAUUGCAGCAGAAAAGAUCAUAUUAAUCGGAGUUUUAUCGCUCUGAGUUGUCGAUAAAUGAACUUCCAUAACUUAAUAAAAUGCUCGAUUAUUUUUAAUGUGCCAUUCAUAUAUACUUUUUAUUACACUGUUGUAAUCAUUGAUUUCGGAAAUUUUGUUUCCCUCUUUGCGAUACUGCGUUCGAGCAAUUGAAAUAUUACGUUAUAAUUACUAUGAAUCAGUUUAAGUAACAGUUUUAGUUUUAUCUUUUUUGUAUACCAAAGUUAUUACAUACAUUUAUAAGCUAUUUUUCUUCCGAUUUCAAAGUUUACAAUAUAAGUGAUUAUAAUAUAUAUACAUAUAUGUAUGUAUGUGAAUGCGUAUGUGUGCAUAAUAAAUAUAUAUAUAUAUAUAUAUAUAUAUAUAUAUAUAUAUAUAUAUAUAUAUAAUUUUUUUUAUAAGAUAUUUUCUAAUAAAUAUGUAAUAUUGAUUUGUGAGUGAAGAAUGUUUUUGACGACGCCAAUGAUAAAUAUAACUAUACUUUUGAAUAAAAGUGGUAAUUAAAAUUUUAUCAAAUUAUCUCAAAUUAUAAUCUGUGAUUUGAAAACGUCUAAAAACAAUGAGAAAAAAUUUUUGCAUCCACAAUUGAAUAUAAAUCUAGCUUACAUUUGCACAUUUCGAAACAAAAAAUAUGAAUUUUAAGAAACUAUCUAGCAUUUUUUAUUGGUGCCAAGUUAUUAUUAAAUAAAAUGUUUAUUUUGAAAUAGAAUUGUUACAGUGUGAAAUACUUUUUGUAUUUGAUCGAAUUAAAGCCAUAUGUACAUAUAAUAUGCAUAGUAUGCAUGAAAGAGAACAAAAUGCGUGUGAGAAAGAUAUACAUGGAAAUCUUUGCCCUCUGUGCGCAUGUAUUAACACUGCAGAGCUUAUUAAAAUUUUUAUUAUUAACUUUUAAAGUUCAGUACAGUAAAAGUUGAAAAAUAUGAAGUUUCAUAUGUAUUUUAUUUAUAUGUGCGCGUGCGCGUAAACCGAUUUCUCACGAUUACCAUAUAGAAAAUGUAUUUUAGGUAUUUUCAUUUAUUUUAAAAUUAUAUUAAUUUUUUGUUACAUUAACACUUCUAAAAUUACAUGCAUACAGAGGACAAAAUACUUUUGAAGUUUAAUGUAUACCAUUUUCUCAUUUUAAACACAUUUUUGGAUCAUAAAAGGUGAAGACAUUACAAGUUUAUAUGCUUUAAAAGAUCUUUUAAUUAUUUUAAUGCAACUUCUAUUUCAAUAUUUAAUGCUGCCAAAUUUUAUUCUCGAAUAUGCUAGCUAGACAUUUAUCCAUUUUUUAGAAAUGAGUUUUUAAUAGUUCUUAUGUUUCACUAAUGUAUAAUAAAAUAAAUCCUUUAUGUCUCACAUA